CAUCCUCCAAAUUAUACAUGGAGAUCGUGAGCAGAUCGAACAUCCAAUACAUCCAAUAUCUUCUUGGUUUACCUAGGUAGGUGUUAGAUAUGCUGUUGGUGUUGAGCCAACAAGCACUAUUCUCGUCAUCAUCAUCAUCGCAUGCAAGCCUAAUCCUACCGUACCGCAUAUGCAGCACCGUUUAUUUAGUUCGCCGACAAAAAACUGCAACCCCACAAACGCCAAGUCCUUUCUUCAUCGCCAAAUACGGUCAGACUCUCCAUUAGGUACGCCCAAAUCGGGAACUUCUAUCCACGGACCCUUAAAAGGCUCGUGGUUCUACUAUAACUGAUGGAUAUCUUAAUACUAACAUUGAACCUAACCUACCUACGGUCCUACCUACCAAGGUACGUAUCAUACCUCGUUAUUAGUUCCCAGGUAUUGUACGAAUACCUAGGCCAGGUACUGCGCCACUGAGUCUCUGGGGGCCAAACUCGCUGAGCCUCACUCAUAGGUGACCUUAGCUCUCACUACUUGUAUGUAUUAUGCCCGCCUACGGUUAUUUUCGGUAGCCCUUCAACUACUAUACACUCAUAUGCACAGUAUUGUGCCUACAUAUAGUUAUAUUGAGCCGGGGAAUAAUACCUCUUCAUGCUUACCUUACGUAGGCAGCAAUGCGGAGGUGAGCUCAUUAUUAAAUACCGAACCGGCACGUUUUCCCACGUUUCCACACUUCCAAGUGUUGUCUCUCUUAUACUGGGAAUCUGAGUCAUAUAAAAGACAGCAAGUCAUCCAUUCAACCUACCAUGUUUCAGUUAUCAGAAUUGGGCACACCCAAGCUAUAUAUAGUUACUUGUAUUGACUCUUUGGAACCUUUCGCGCCCUUGGAAGACUGCAGGGCUGAGGCGUUCUCGCUGAGAAUGACCAAUUAGCACGAAUGGGAGGGCUUUCUAGAACAAUCCUACUCAUAGAACUUUGCUGUCUACUUUAGUAUCUAGUGCUUAGGUGGUGUUGUAGAUAAAACGCCCCUCUGUAUAUUCAUAUAGAUAGGCUCACGUAAACCCCGGCUUAGCUUCAAGUCAUAAAAGCUCCUUCGGAGAAAAGGCACUGCAGCGGCAGUCUCUCAU